AUGGCACCACAGCUCGCAACUCGCAAGCUCGGCAAGAAUGGCCCCGAAGUCACCGCCUUAGGAUUCGGGACCAUGGGUCUUUCAGCCUUCUAUGGUACCCCAAAGCCCGACGAAGAGCGCUACGCCCUGCUAGACCAUGUCUACAAUUCUGGCGAACUUUUCUGGGAUACGGCAGACAUGUACCAAGACAGCGAAGAUCUCCUUGGUCGCUGGUUCCAGAGAAAUCCUGGAAAGAGGGAGAAUAUAUUCCUGGCCACCAAGUUCGGAAACUAUGUCGACCCUGAGACCAAACAGAGAAGCGUGAGAAACGAGCCCGAAUACAUCCGAGCGGCCUGCGAUAAGUCUUUAAGGAGGUUAGGAAUUGAUCAGAUUGACUUGUAUUAUGCCCAUCGACUGCAGGCCGACCAACCGAUAGAGAUCACGGUAAAAACCAUGAAGGAAUUGCAAGAUGCCGGCAAGGUCAAGUACUUGGGUUUGAGCGAGUGCAGCGCUGAAAGUCUCAGGAGAGCCUGCAAGGUCGCGCACAUCGACGCAGUUCAGGUGGAAUACAGCCCCUUCUCUAUGGACAUUGAAGACCCACAGAUCGAUCUCCUAAGAACAUGUCGAGAGCUGGGAGUCGCAACUGUUGCCUACUCACCACUGGGUCGAGGUUUCUUGACCGGAACUUUGAAAGGGCCCGAGGAUUUUGAAGAAGGGGAUUUCCGUAAAUUCGCGCCACGCUUCAACGCAGAGAACUUCCCCAAGAACCUCAAGUUGGUCGACGAAAUCAAGGCCUUGGCCGAUGCCAAGGGCUGCACUCCGGGCCAACUCGUGCUUGCAUUCUUGAUGGCUCAGGGUGAUGAUAUCAUCCCCAUCCCCGGCACCACCAAAAUCAAGAAUUUCGACGAGAACAUGGGAUCUCUGAACGUGAAAAUCACUCCGGAGGACAACCAGAAGAUUCGAAAAGCUAUUGACGCGGCCGAAGUCCAUGGCGCUCGUUAUCCCGAAUCCUUUUCCAAGGCUCUUUUUACCGACACUGUACCAUUGAGGGAGUGA